UAGAAAAAUAAAAAUGAAGACUUGGCUGUAUGGGCUUUUGACCCCUUUGCCUGUCCAGAUGGACGAACAGAACCAAAAAAAAAAUCUCUUUGAUUGUAAUUUACAUUUUCCCGCCGAAUGUGACAGUGAAUUGUGAAAGCUUCUCAAUCACUAACAAAAUGGCCUCAAGACUCUUUAUUAAAAAACCUAAACACUUAUUAGCUAAAAUAGCAAAUGAAAUAGCUCCAUGUGCAUUUUGUCAGAGAGAAGUGGACGAUGAACUCUUGUAUGGAAAGUUGUAUUCAUUUGGAGAUAUUCACUGUCAUUACUUUUGUGUGUUGUUAUCUUGCUGCCUGCUUCAAAAAGGUGAUGAUGUGGAUGGUCUGUUUGGUUUCCUGUACCCAGACGUCCUUGUGGAAAUUGAAAGAAGUAAAAAGCAUAAAUGUUCCUACUGCCACCAGGAGGGAGCCUCACUGGGAUGUUCGGUGAAAAAGUGCAAGAAGCAGUUCCAUCUGCCCUGCGGCAGGGAGAAGAAUGCCUUGUCUAUGUUCUAUGGCAAUUACAAAUCAUACUGCCAACAGCAUGCUCCAAAACAGACAAUUAAUGCUGAGAUUAUGGAGAAAGUUAAAGAAAGACGGAAGAAAUUAAGAGCGGGGCUACACGAAGGUGAUGAUAAUGAAAUCUUGUGCGUGAUUUGCUACGAGGCGGUAGACUCUUUCCCUACGCCGAACACUUUCUGGCCGCCAUGCUGCGCGCGAGACGCAUGGUUCCACAGGUCAUGCUUACAGCGGAUGGCUUUGAGUGCCGGCAUGCAUUAUCUCAAAUGUCCUCUAUGCAACGCCAAAGAGCAGUUCUACGACGCGGUCAUCAAGCAAGGAUACUACGUUCCAGACCGAGACGCAGCGUGGGAGUUGGAACAGAACGCGUUCUCGGAGAUCUACGAACGGAAUAUAUCUUGUGGAUGGAGUGAGUGUGUGUGUCCCUCCGGAAGAGACUACGAUGUUGAGAACGGGCCAUCAGGUUCUGGUGCUACAUUCCAAAGCACCACAAUUGUGUAUGAAGAUAAAGGUAAGAAAGAGCUAAAUAAUUUCGUGUUGGAUUCUGCUCCGGUGAUAGAAGAAAUGAAGAAAAUCUUUAAGAAACCCAAGCCGUUGGUUGCCAAGAAGAAAAUUAUUGCGUAA